UGACGAGGUGGGCCCACCCUCCUCCUGCCUAUAAGUGGGGACCUGGUCACCGCGACGGCCACUCGAUUCCGGGCACUCACGACAUGCUGGGCGUCAGCGUCUUCACCGUGCUCCUGGCCUACGCCUCCAGCUGCGGGGUCCCCAUCUUCCGGCCCAACCUAUCAGCCCGGGUGGUGGGCGGAGACAACGCCGUUCCCCACAGCUGGCCCUGGCAGAUCUCCCUCCAGUACCUCAAGAAUGGCGUGUGGAGGCACACCUGCGGUGGCACCUUGAUCACCCCCAGUCACGUCCUCACAGCUGCCCACUGCAUCAGCAAUACCCUGACUUACCGCGUGGCCCUGGGGAAGAACAACCUGGAGGUGGAGAAUGAGGAAGGCUCCGUGUUCAUGGGCGUGGACACCAUCUUUGUCCACGAGAAGUGGAGCUCCUUCCUAAUUCGCAAUGACAUUGCCCUUAUCAAGCUGGCGGAGCCCGUGGAACUGAGUGACACCAUCCAGCCAGCCUGCCUGCCAGAGGAGGGUUCCUUGCUGCCUCAGGACUACCCCUGCUACGUCACUGGCUGGGGCCGUCUCUGGACCAACGGCCCCAUCGCUGACGAGCUGCAGCAGGGUCUGCAGCCCGUGGUGGAUCACGCCACAUGCUCCCAGAAAGACUGGUGGGGCAACAAUGUGAAGAACACCAUGGUCUGCGCCGGGGGUGAUGGUGUCAUCUCAGCCUGCAAUGGGGACUCGGGCGGCCCACUGAACUGCCAGGCCAAGGACGGCUCUUGGGAGGUGCGGGGCAUCGUCAGCUUCGGCUCCGGGCUGAGCUGCAACACCCUCAAGAAGCCCACGGUCUUCACCCGCGUGUCCGCCUACAACAACUGGAUCAACGAGAAACUACAGCUGUGAUUCAUCCCUGGGAGCCAAGGCCGCAAAUCCCGGCAACCACAAUAAACCUCCUUUCCCCUCAA